CAACAAAAUAAAGUUCAAAAUAAGGUUUGGAAUCAGUCUGGGAUGUAAUUUCUGGUUGUAAACAACUUGAGUGAAAUUUAAAAAAAUGAUUUUUUUGGUUUUGUUGGGUUUGGGGCUGUUUCUAGCCAUUGUUUGGUGGUAUAUUGAUUACUAUCGACAUUUUAAGGGUGUUUUUAAUAUUCCUAGACCUGGAUGGAUGUUUCCUAUAUUUGGACAUGUGUUUUUAGCCAAAAAUGCUACUGAUGCUUAUUGGGUUCUGCAUCAAUUAACAAUGACAGUGGGUAAAGGAAAAGCCAUCCGUGGAUGUCUCGGAUAUUUUUAUGGAAUAAACAUAGCAGAUCCUGCAAUAUUGGAGCGUUUAUUAACCCACACAAGUGUAAUAAACAAAUCGCAAUUAUAUAAGUAUGCACAUCGAUGGCUGGAGACUGGUUUAUUGACAAGUGAUCAUGAAAAAUGGCGUGGACGUAGGAAACUCCUCACUCCCGCGUAUCAUUUUAAAAUUCUAGAACAGUUUAUUGAUGUUUUUGAUAAAAAUUCUAACAUUUUGGUGCAGAAAUUACAACGGGAAGUUGGAAAAAACAAAACCGAUGUUUUUCCUUUUGUUACUUUAUGUGCUUUGGAUACUAUCUGCGAAACUGCAAUGGGGACUUGUGUCAACGCUCAACAAUGCGCCGAUUCGGACUACGUGCAAUCCAUCAAAAGAAUAUCCGAAAUUGUUAUUAGUCGUGGGAUAAGCGUGCUUAAACAAUUCGAUUUUUAUUACCUGUUUACUCAAGACUAUCGUGAUGAAACGAAAUGUAUUGAGAUCUUACAUGGCUAUACAAUGAGUGUAAUACAAUCAAGGAGGAAAGAAUUACUUGCUAAACAAAAUGAAAACGAAAAACCGAAACAAAUCGAAGAAAACUUGGGAUAUAAAGCAAAAAUACCGUUUUUAGAUAUUCUAUUGCAAGCUACAUUUAAUGGAGAACCUUUGACAGAUGAAGAUAUACGAGAAGAAGUUGAUACAUUCAUGUUUGAAGGUCAUGAUACUACAUCUUCAGCUAUAAGUUUCACUAUCUACUGCCUUGCAAACAAUCCUCAUGUACAGAAAAAAGUAUUCGAAGAACAACGCGAUAUCUUCGUAGAUAACCCUCAGAGAGAAACAACGUAUCAAGACCUCCAAGAAAUGAAAUAUUUAGAAAUGGUUAUCAAAGAAACUCUUCGUUUAUAUCCAUCUGUUCCACUUUAUGGACGUACAGUAGUCGAAGACUUCUCCAUCGACAAAUACUCAUUCAAAAGAGGUACGGAGAUAGCAUUUGGAGUGUUUAGUCUCCAUCGCAAUCCAGAAAUCUAUCCGAAUCCUGAAGUUUUCGACCCGGAGAGAUUCACAUUGGAGGAAACUGUCAAACGACAUCCAUUUUCAUACCUGCCGUUUAGUGCUGGGUAUCGUAACUGUGUCGGGCAGAAAUUCGCCAUGAUGGAGAUGAAAGCAACCAUUGGCAUGUUAGUAAGAAAAUUUGUGUUUCAGGAAGCGCCGGAUUCUGAGUUAAAAUUGAAAUCUGGGUUGAUUUUGAGCUCGGCUACUGGCGUUAAUGUCAAAAUUACUAAUAGAGUAUGGUAGGUGUUUUAUUACAAUUAUAAGAGCAGAUUGUGGUCGGUUGAGUAAGCAUCGUAUUCGUAGUGUGAUUGAAAAAGGAAUUCUUGGCAUAUUGCUUGCAGCAUAACAGCGGUCAGCAGAAAUGAAACAAUUAGAAAUUGCAUUUUCCUAAAGUAGAAGUUGACUACUCGUAAGUCAAGCACUAGAUAACUUAAGAUAAAUUGCAGUCGAGAACUUGACAUCAAUUUUCAACGCGGUGCAAUAUCAAUAGCAAUCAAUCAUUAAGUUUUAAUUUUAAAAUAUUUUUUUUUACCUUGUAUAUAAUUCGUAAGCUAUGUCUCUGAUUGGAUUUAUCGUUGGACAUUUUGUUUUGUCCACCGGAAAUAAUUGGAGAUACGCGUCUUGGAAUGUUAUUCCAGGUGGUCCUUAAAUUUUAUCAAAAAACUCACAAAAUGCACUUAAAUUAAUUUUAUUAAAUUUUAUUAAAAUUAUUACCCGGUAUGUUACUUAACAAACACACUAAUAAAAAAUGCCCAGCGUCCAUUUUUGCUUAUAUUAAAAUAUCACUAUUCUUUAUAUUAAUUAAUUAAUAAAUAAAUACUGUUUCAGUAGUCUUAAUAAGUCACUGCUUGUCUGUCGACUGAAAAGCAUUCACCUAACGCCUGCGACUUUAUAAGCUCAACUCUUGAACUGUUUCGCGCAUGCCACGCUGCAGAAAAGCGUGUUGACGUGACUUAUUUGCAUUUUAUACAAAUUACAAAAUAUUAUUAUUAUUAUUUGAAACUCACGGCGUGAACAGGCGGUAAGAAAUGUCCCGUUUUGGAUCGAUUGUUGGACAUUUUGUUUUGUCGAUUGGAAAGAGUUGGAAGUAGGAAUCCUGCCAGUAAACUCCUGGUGGUCCUUUAAUUUUAAAAUAAUAAUAUGAGCAAUUACGUAAAACAAUUAAUGUUUUAAAUUUUUAUUUUAUUUUAUUUCUAAAGUGUUAAAAUUACAAUUUUUUACUUAAAAACGUUAAAAAUAAAAAUAAGAAAAUUUUUAAAAAA